GUGGAAUUGACGCAGAAUGGAAAUGAUCACUUACUAGCACGUUUAUGUCAACAAACUCCAUCAGAAUAAAGGUGAAUAAACAGUUACCUCGACCCACAUGGAUCCUCUGGAUUUUGUAACAGAUGAAGAGCUGAGUGGCUUUUUUCACUAUAAGAAGACAGAGAUUUCUUGUAUGGAGGAACCACAAACCUUCCUGAACCAGCUCCGGGACCACAAUCUGGUACAAGAAGAUCUCUACCAGAAGGUGAUGAGGAUGAAGAGUAAGGAGAGAAGGCAGAAGGGUGUUUAUCAAAUUCUGGACCAACUGGAGAAGAAGCGAGGGCAUUGCAUUAAGGUAUUUUGGAGCUGUGUGUUUCAGGAUCACAUCCUUCAAAAAUAUCCAGUGCUGCGUCUGCUCCGGAACAGUCUUAUGGAUGGUUCCUUUCGGUUCUACGAGCAGCUUCCUGAUGCACCGGAGGAACCAAACAAGAAUGAGAAAGAAUCAGUCCAGAAAAAAGAAAAGACAGGAAAGGAAAUGAAAACGGAACUAAAAAGAAAGAAAAGCACUGAGAAGACAGAGGAGGAAGAACCAGGUCCUUCAUCUUGCUCCACACCUCAACAGAAAAAACCAGAGAAGAAACCAAAAUGUUCAUCCCCAUUAAAGAAAGGAGAGAAGCCGGAUGUUUGGACUUGGGGAUUUUUCAAAACUCAGCUCUUAGUCACAUGUGGAAAUAAGAAAGGCACACUGUACAAAGAUAAACUGGCCAAAGGUGAAAAGUGUAUUUUAUCUGAGAAAUGCUGGUUCACUCCGGGUGGUUUUGAGAAAUUUGCAGGAAAGGAGAGCAGCAAGAACUGGAAACUCAGCAUCCGCUGCCAAAACACCCCCCUGCUGAAACUUAUAAAGAAAGGGCAUUUGAAGGCUCCACGUGCAAAGAGGAGCUGUGUCCGGGAGAAAGUGCAGUUUACUGACACCUCUCCAGAAAGCUCCAGCUCUUCAGGAAGCUCCAGUCCUCAGUCAACAUCCAGUGUGGAGCUGGUGGAAUUAAGUGACGAUGACCAGGAUGAGCAGGGAAAGAAGGAAAUCAGGUUACAAGAAGAAGUGGAAGAGGAAGAUGAAGAGAGUGAACCAGUGGAUUUGUCUAUAUUUGAGGCUCCUUCUUUACCAGUCAGUUGUGGUUCUUUUAGUGGGGUCUUGUAUAAAAGCAGAUUUACAGGGGCAUGUAGUAAAAGCAUCCGCACAGAGGAGCGCUGGUUCACCCCUGAGGAGUUUGUAAACCAGGAAUCCACAUUGACAGAUGCCCACUGGAGGAAAGAUAUACUGUGUCAUGGCAAAACUUUACACUACCUGGUAAAGAAGAAGAUCCUGUUUUUUCAUUCGCUGCUGUGUCCUUGUGAUCACUGCCAUAACAAGGAGCCUGAUAAUGAUGACAUCUGCUUCAUUUGUAAUUCUGAAGGAGAUCUGGUGUGCUGUGAUGAGUGUCCUCGCGCUUUUCAUGAUAACUGCCAUUUACCAAACCUGCAAAAAGAAACACUUGGGGAUAAAUGGACGUGCACCUACUGUGUGUUGAAGGCCUACCAGGGACUGUGGCUUCCCAUGACCCAAAAAGAAGUUCUAAACAGGCCUUUAUCUGGAAACAUUAUGCGCUGUGAGUAUUUGCUGUUGUGUUUGUAUAAAGAGGAUCAGCUGCGAGUGUUUACUGGAGACCCCACUGUAACAGUGGAGGGGUACAGCAGAUGGAUCUCAAAACCCAUGUGGCUGGACCGAGUGAAGACCAAGCUGCAGAACAAAGAAUAUAAAACAGUGGGAGAGUUUGUGAAUGACGUCAGACUCAUCUUUCAAAACUGCAGCAAAUUUAAUAUGGAUAAUGUGUUUGACAGAAUGGGUUCCAGAAUGAACAAGAUCUUUGAACAGGACUUUCACAAAGUUUUUAACAUCGUCAGCCAUGUUGGCUCACUGACCUACAAUGAUCCAAGACAGAUAAAUAAGAGUAACAUCAACCCAAACAAAACUCUGGAUUUUCCAGAAGAUAAGGGAAAAAUAUCUAGCAUGAAGGAAGAAGACAACUUCCCCAACAAGCUCCACAUCCACAAUCAGCUUUUAGCAAACACAGAAGUAUUCACUCCUAAAAUAACAACAUAUGAGGACAGUCAUGUGUACAGGUUUUUGUGCUCUAAUGCUGGUCAGUUUCAGUGUACAAUGACCAACCUUAUCUUUAAAAUGGAAAGGAAAGCAGAAGUGCAGUAUGGAGUAGCCAAUUGGGAAAGCAGUCAUUUGGAUGGUAUAGGUGAAAUGCAGCCUGCAGGACCUUUGUACAAUAUUGAAUGCUUUAAAGGUUCAAUUUAUCAUCUGCACCUCCCACACUGUGAGACAGAUAUAGUAGAACAUUCAGUUAAACUGGCUGUGGCACAUUUCACUGGUGGUAAUUUAGAGAUCAUACAGCCUCUCAAAGUGACGGACUCACAUGUGAUCAUAGAUGUCCAAGGGCUCUCUCUCUUUGGGCUUUUAAAAGUGUUUGAAAAUAUGCUGUUUCCCACCAAACCCAUCAAUGCACAGGUUUUGCUCUUCCAUGAAAAACUGACUGACAUACAAAUAAGUAAAUUAUACAUACACUUGUUACCAGGAAACGUGCCAGUUGAAGAGGUAAAGAAACAUCAACAGAGCUGUACAUACAUUAAGACCAGCUCCAGAUGUCAACUAAUCCCCUGCAGACAAUACAAACCAUGCUGUGGUACUUACAAACCCCAGCCAAAGAUUGAAACAUUUGAUACAGACUACGGCCCCAACUAUCACCCCACAUUUGAGGUACUCAUUAAUACCAAGGUUGAAGAAAUCACAGUAGGUCUUUUGGAUGAAAAUGACCAGGAGGUGUGGGAGCCACGACAGGUCUUUCUUACAGCAGGUUGUAGUCAGGAUGCAGCCACAUCUAAUGUGCAAAAUUCAGGGGCAGAAUUUGUGGAUAGACACAGAGAAGCUCUAAUUCAGAGAGUCUCUUCAGUAAUGGAAAUGGCCGACAGUUUACUAAGCAGGAACAUAAUAAGUAAUGAAGAUUAUGACAUGAUUAGAGUGGAAAAAACCUCCCAAGAACAAAUGAGGGCCCUGUACAAUCAUCUUAACACAGAAGUACAGAAAUCUGAGUUUUAUAAAAUCAUUACGGAGAAGCAGCCUUUAUUAUUGGCUGAUCUGAUCAGGUUUUGCUCUUCCAUGAAAAACUGACUGACAUACAAAUAAGUAAAUUAUACAUACACUUGUUACCAGGAAACGUGCCAGUUGAAGAGGUAAAGAAACAUCAACAGAGCUGUACAUACAUUAAGACCAGCUCCAGAUGUCAACUAAUCCCCUGCAGACAAUACAAACCAUGCUGUG